GGGCCGACUAGCCGUAGGGCUGCAGGGGGCCAGGACGCCGCGACCUAGCUUAGCGACAGGGCUCUCCCCGGCGACGGCGCCGCAACAAGAUGGCGGACGACAGAAGCAGGGAAGGCACAGAGACAGCAGUAGCAGAAUUUCACAAAAAAAUCAAAGAAGCUUUUGAAGUAUUUGACCAUGAGUCAAAUAAUACAGUGGAUGUGAGAGAGAUCGGAACAAUUAUCAGGUCAUUAGGAUGCUGCCCUAGUGAAGGAGAGCUACAUGAUCUGAUUGCAGAGGUGGAGGAAGAAGAACCCACUGGAUACGUUCGAUUUGAAAAAUUUCUUCCAGUGAUGACUGAAGUACUACUGGAAAGAAGAUAUAGACCAAUUCCGGAAGAUAUCCUUCUUCGAGCUUUUGAGGUGUUAGAUCCAGCUAAACGUGGGUUUCUUUCUAAGGAAGAAUUGAUCAAGUAUAUGACUGAAGAAGGUGAGCCUUUUUCUCAGGAGGAAAUGGAAGAAAUGUUGUCUGCUGCAAUUGAUCCAGAAUCGAAUUCAGUUCAUUACAAGGACUAUAUAACAAUGAUGGUGAUAGAUGAAAAUUAAACACUCUACAGACUUCAUUUCUAAUUGAAAGAUCAUUUUAAGAAUUGCUUGUCCUUGUUAACUUCACAUUUUAUUUUAUAAUCCCUGCAUAUUGCUAAUGAAUGCCUUGUGACAACUAUUUCAAGAUAUUUUGUUUUUUUAAAGGUGAUCAUAACAGUUUAAAACACAAAUUUAUUUAGUAUGUCUAGCCCUAUGGAAUGACAAACUGCUAAUUAUUUUAAAACUAUUCUUAAAAUAUUUAACAUUAUCCAUGGAUUGUUACUAAUUUUCUACAAUAAAACCCAGGUUACUUUCAAAUAAAUUAAGCUGACAAAAUGAAGAAUGAUUAGAAUGACCCAAAGUUUUGCAUGUAAAGAUCUUGGGUUGGGGCAGAAUGACCAUAAAUUGAAAAUGAGUAGUAA